AUGCAGAUCUCGACGCUCGCGGCGCUGACCGCCCUCGCCAUCCCAGGGGCGCUCGCGCAGCACACGAGCAACUGGGCCGUGCUCGUUGGCACCUCCCGCUUCUGGUUCAACUAUCGCCAUCUCUCCAAUGUGUUAUCCAUAUACCGGACUGUGAAGAGACUAGGGAUCCCCGACUCUCAAAUCAUUCUCAUGCUUCCCGACGAUAUGGCCUGCAACCCCAGAAACGCCUUCCCCGGAACCGUCUACAGCAACUCCGAUCGAGCCGUAGACCUCUAUGGAGACAACAUCGAGGUUGACUAUCGCGGCUAUGAAGUCACCGUCGAGAAUUUCAUCCGCCUCUUGACCGACAGGGUGGGCGACGAGAUGCCGAGGAGUAAACGGUUGUUAACCGACGAUCGCAGCAACAUCCUCGUCUACAUGACCGGCCAUGGUGGAAAUGAAUUCCUCAAGUUCCAGGAUGCGGAGGAAAUAGGCGCCUACGAUCUUGCCGACGCGUUUGAGCAAAUGUAUCACGAGAUUCUCUUCAUGAUCGAUACGUGCCAAGCCAACACCAUGUAUAGCAAGCUAUACUCCCCAAACAUCAUCGCGACUGGGUCGUCCGAGUUAGACCAGUCCUCGUACUCUCACCAUGCCGACAAUGAUGUUGGUGUCGCCGUUAUCGACAGAUUCACCUACUACAACCUUGAGUUCCUUGAAAACCAGGUCCGGGAUAUGAGCAGCAAGAAGACCAUUGGCGAUCUUUUUGAUAGCUAUGACAUUAGCAAGAUUCAUUCUAACCCUGGCUUCCGAUACGACCUCUUCCCCGGCGGUGCCAACACCGCUCGCAGUCGUCUCAUCACGGACUUUUUCGCCAACGUCCAAAGUGUCGAGGUUCAAGAUUCCGCGAAUAGUACGCUAGACGAGGAACUUCUGUCUCUCAGCAGGACGAUUGCUGAAUUGCGCCGGAGAGCGGACGAGCAGGACGCCGCAGCUAACAACGUCACUGGCCCAGCAACGCAACCAGACACCGCAGCCAAGGGGCAUGUGCGGAAUCCACUGGCAAAGCCUCUAACAGACGAAAACUGGUGGGCCAAGAAGUUUUAUGGCGCUACUGCCGUGGCGGGCUGCGCGCUUCUCUGGGGCCUGAGCUCGUACCUGGAGACCGCUACCUGA